AUGAGAAAGGAGUCCGAAAUGAGAAAAGAUUCUGAAAUGUUAUACUGGCCAAGCUUCACCAAUCUGCCGACAACGGUGCGGAAAAUGGGCUUGGCAAAACGAAUGGAGGCUGCAGGUGAUAGCCAGGAUGUCUCUUUCAGUGAUAAAAAACCAUAUUCAAUAGCACAACCAAUGGUACGCAUGCGUUCUCUCAGUGUUGGUAAUCUUGAGGCUGAACCCACGGCUCCUAUCGAAUCGUCGCCGCUAAUUUCUGAUGGUUCCACGCAAGCUGUUGAGGAAUCGACAUGCCCCAUCCAAAGUCUUCCUGCCUCACCUGGUAGCCGACGUCGUCUGGCCAACGCAGGACCGGGGGUUGCUCUUGUGGACAACCACUAUGGGAAGAAGUAG